UUAGUUUCUUUCAAGAGAAGCCCUUUUCUCUCUCUAAAAAGAUGCGUAACUUUCAAAGGUUCUGUUGUGUCCUUUUUGCAAUUUUUAUGAUUGCAUUUUCUUGUCUUGGUUUGGCUAACUCAUCAAGCAAUGUGAAGUGGAGAAAGCCGAAUAAGAAGAGCAACUGUGAUGUGUACCAAGGGAGUUGGCUCUACGACGAGUCGUACCCUAUCUAUGAUUCAUCUGCAUGCCCUUUCAUUCGCAAGGAAUUUGAUUGCAUCAAAUAUGGUCGCUCUGAUCAACUCUACCUUCACUACAGAUGGCAGCCCACUGCCUGUGACUUGCCAAGGUUUGAUGGCCAAAAAUUUCUAGAGAGUUUUCAGGGGAAGAAGAUUAUGUUCAUAGGGGACUCUUUAAGUCUAAAUCAGUUUGAAUCGCUAUUAUGCUUGCUUCAUGCUGCUGUGCCUAACUCCAAUAUCAGGGAAGAGAAAAAUAACUCUUUUCCUACUGUGAUUUUCGAGGACUAUGAGGUAUCGAUAAUGUUGUUUCAUUCUCUAUUACUAGUAGACAUUGAACAUGAAGAUAUGGGUAGAGUUCUGAAACUUGAUUCCCUCAAGGAUGGCAACAUAUGGAAGGAUAUGGAUGUUCUGGUUUUCAACACUUGGCACUGGUGGUACAGAAGAGGACCUAAGCAACCAUGGGAUUUUGUUCAAGUUGGUGACACCAUUCUUAAAGACAUGGAUCGUAUGGUUGCUUUUCAUAAAGCCUUAACAACAUGGGCAAAAUGGGUUGAUUCUGAUGUGGAUACAAGUAAAACCCAUGUCAUUUUUCAAGGAAUUUCUCCUUCCCAUUACAAUGGGACAGCAUGGAAUGAGCCAGAAGUGACGAACUGUUCAAAGGAAACACAGCCAAUAAGUGGAUCGAAUUACUCUAGUGGUUUGCCAUUAGCAUUAUAUGUAGUGGAAGAUGUGUUGAGUAGAAUCAAGAAACCAGUUCAUUUGCUCAAUAUAACAACACUUUCACAGCUGAGAAAGGAUGCACAUCCAAGCUCUUAUAAUGGUUUUAAGGCCAUGGACUGCACCCAUUGGUGCAUAGCCGGGCUUCCAGACACUUGGAAUGAACUUCUCUAUAAAGCUGUUAUCAAUCAAUAGGAAGACAAAAUUUAAUAGACAGUUUCCUUAGUCACUGAAAGUAUAGCUAGCCAGGCCAGCCAACAAUCUCACGAAGUGACAUACUCAGUGAAAGCAAUUGGGUUUAGUAGUCCUGUGGUGGAAGGCCUACCUCAUGGCGCAACAGAUUAGGAAUUUAAAUCCUUUUAAGAAUUUUCAAAGUGCAUUUUUAUGGCCGGAUUUAAUUUGAGUAAUUUUUUUUCCUUGAUGGGAGCAUUAAUUAUUUCAACUUUUCUUUGUGUAUACUUCAGGUUUUAAUAACACCAAAUGUAAU